AUGGCUGUGGCGACUCAGCUCACGCCGGAUGAGUAUGAAGUGUUGCCACCUUCCGUUCAAAAGAAAUACUUCUCAUCUGUAGAACGCCUCAGACUCCUCCAGCAAGCCGCUUCACAGAGACGUCAAAGGCAGUCGACGCCACGUGAGUCUGUCGAUACCAUGAGGACCAGACCAUCAACAUCCCAUUCAUGGCGCCCUCGACCACUGUUCAGCGAUCCUGAUGUCCCACUCCUCGAAGACGUCAGUGAAGAGCAGGCGCUACGAUUUCUAGCGCUGCCUGACAAGAUCAAGCGAACACACUUCAGCACCGAGGAGCUAGUGCUACUGACUCAAAGUUCUAAUCGAGCGCUGCGGAGGCUACAUGCAGAGCACAGUCGAUCUCCCACCUGGUCAUCCAGUGAUCGUAGCAUGAGCGCAGCAUCAUCAAGGUCCAGGGAGACUUCAGGUCUGGAGAAGGACUGGCUUGAGGAUGGGGCAAACACACCCAUGAGUGUCGACUUCAGACGCAGUGAGCCGAACCUGCUUCGAACCUGUGAUGUCCAGCAGCGACAAAGCAGUUUCUCCUCGUCACGUUCCAUGGCAUCAUCACCCAUCGAUGACCUGCCAAGGUCGAGCUCUCGCAAGUCCUUCUCUCGCAAGCGCGCACUGGCACCAUUGCCGCUGCCACCACCUACGCUCCUGCCUGCUGUACCGCCUUUACCACAACCCAAUGUGGUUUGCGAGAAGGAACCUACUCCGACUCCAUCGCCUGUAGAUGGCUCACACGACACUAGGGCACGAUACUACGGCGAUUCGGAUGCACGUUCAAAGCUGCGUGCCUUCCUUGCAUCGCCUGAAAAGUUUGACGAGGCACUUGAGUUUGGCUUUCCAUCUGUCGACUCGUCGCACAACGAUGAGCACGAUGGAUCCCUGCAGACCACUACGGAGUCAUCUUCGACUAUGCCUCAGGGCCCCAUGGACUCCGGGCUGGGAUUGCCAUUGCACACCAAGAAAAUCGGCAACAUUGCAAGGAGUAUCACGCCAGAUCUUGACGGGCGUGAGAUGACUCUGAAAUUGACCCUCACUCGUGAAGAUCUUCGAGCUCCCGAGGAAGCAAGACCUGAUUCUUCUCAGCGGAGGCAGGUAUUUGGCGUCGAUUUCGAACGGCCAGAUCCGUUAGCCUUGUCAAGCUUGGUUAUUUGUGACGACCACUCUGGAAGCCAGGGGGCCUUUGCGAUCAAGGACAGAUCUUCGAAGCGUGGACUGAAGAAGGUGUGGGAUAAUAUUUGCAAACGUUGAGGUUCUGCAAUAUCUUCCCUUUUGAGCUUUGGCUGUUACACAUCAGCGUUAUAGCGAGGAGAUGAACACAGUGGUCUGUGUCUGUAUUGUUAUAAUAUGCCUCACAAGAGCAAUAUCUUGUAGUAGUGUGAAUGUAUAAUUAUCCC